UAUUGAUAAUAGAUAACACAAUAUAUUAUAUAUGGCUAUCAUUCAUUAAAAAAAUAAAUAAUGUUUUAACUUUAUCGUCCAUGAAAAACGAGUAUUUUAGGGCUGGGUUUCAGAAUGCAGAAGCAGCACCCACUUGUGGCUAACGACAGUUAUCAUUAUUAAUGUUGUUAUUUGUUAUUUUGUUUAUUAUUACAAAAAAAAGGUACUAUGUACAAGGUAGAAAUUUAAUAAGUGAACAUGAACUUAAUAUAAAUAUAAUAUUUUAAACUUGAACUUUCUUAAUUUUUUUUUAUUGUAGUGUUCAUUUAAAAAUCAAUAUCAUUUCCUUUCAGAUGUUAUGUGUUUAAUCAACGUUUGAAUCACCAAGUAUAAUAUAAUGGAGACAUCAAACAGUUUCGUUUUAUUUUUUACCGUUUGUCUUGUACUCUUGAAUAUCAUAUUUGUAAAUGGUUUGUACUUAUAUACUAUUAUAAUAAUGAUUAUUUUAUAGAAAUAUUUGAAAAUAUUUUCAUAUAGGAUACAUAUCAAAUGUACAAAAUGAUAAAUCCAAUCGUAUCACUUGGUGUACGCUUAAUGUAGAAGAACAAAUGAAAUGUUUAAAUUUAUCAGCAGCCGUCAAUAGAGACAAAUAUAAAUUUGACUCUAGGGAUUUUAUGGAACUCUUUUGUAAACAGGUACCAACAUACAUUUUUUAGUUAACUAAUAUCUUUAAACUUGAUUAUACAUAGAUUUAUAAUUUUGUUACACACCUAGUUAUAAGUCCAAUGCAAAUUUUUUAGUUUUUUUUUAUGUUAAAUAAUCCAAUAUUGCUUCUUUCGCCUAUUGUUUAUUAUAGUCUAUUGGUGAUGUGUAUUUGAUAUAAUACUAGAGGUCCAAAAUUCUCAAGCAUACAUUAUUUUUUCUGCAUUUUUUGCAAUGUUUUAUAUGUUUUAUUUGUGCCCUACAAAAUAAUAACUAUUAAAUAUGGGUUUCCUUGCAAAAUGCAUUUAUUUUUUCCCUGUAAUUUACUCGACAUUCAAAAUUGUAUUAUUUUAUGGGGUACCAAUCAAAACAUCUAAAAUAUUGAAAAAAAUAUAUUACCGGAAUUCGAGUUUGAAUUUGGGAUCUCCAAGUUAUCAAUAGGUAAGUAUCACAACUAGACCAUUAUAAACAUACUGAAAUAUUUGGUAAUAUCAAGUUAUUUAACAUAAAACACAUAAUAUUCGAACUUCAGAACUGUAACUUCGAAACUAAGUCAGUCGUACACAUAUAGUGUGCUCAAUUCUGACUUCAUUAUUUUUAACUUGGCAAUAUAUAUAUGUUCAUAAAAAAAAAAAAUUAAAAAAUUUGCAUGGUCAAGUUACAUAUUUUUUUUUUACGGGCGUGUCUAAAAAAUUACUUAGAGAUUUUAAAAAUAUUCACAAAGAGACUGUUGUUGUUUUGAAAUUAAAAUAUUGCAUUUUAAUAAAAUUGUUAUACCAAUUUCAUUUAUUUAUAUGUAUAUACAUAACUGUUUUUUUUUUAUUGAAAUUAUAUUCAUAAAAGUAUUCUUGGAGGUAAUUAUAAUUUUUAUAAGUAAUUUUUACAUUACAGACUACAGUACAUAAUAUUUAAAUAUUUUUUUUCUUCUAAUAAAUUCACUUAAUUAUCUAUUUUAAUAUCAUGAUUAUUGUGUUUAAAACAUGGGGAACCAAAAAUUUCUAAAUUAUUUAAACAUUUUUUUUUUUUUUUACUGUUGUUAAAUUCAGUGACAAACUAAUUUAUUAUGAAUUACACCAAGUAGUAGUUUGUUAUUUAAUUUCUAUAAUAAUAUUCAACAAGGCCUUCAUUUUUUGUUUUGUUUUUUUUUAGAAACCUUCAUAAGCUAUUAUAAUUACAUUCUUUAUAUAUAUAUAUAUAUUUUACAUUUUACUAGUUGUAGGUAUAUGUGUACAACAAUUUUUAUUUAAUACAUUUACUGUGUCUUUUUCAAAUAUAAUAUCACGCUGACAAUAAAUCUAUCUAAAUUGGAUUUAUUCAUCCAAUGUUAUUAUACUAAUAGUAAUAAUAAUUAAAAAAUUCAAAAUUCUCGUGGUAUUUUAUCAUAUAAAGAAUAUCCAUUAAAAUAAAAAUAACUUUUAUACCUAAUCGAAAAGUACACAUAAAUGAAAAAAAUAAAAAAAAUGAAUUGGAAUUCUAAAUAGGUUGAAUUUAUUAUUUUCAUAUUAUUUAUUUACUUAACGAAACGUUUUACUUUUAGGGAGUCAAUAAAGACGAUUGUAUGAUGCUGUUGGAUAUAAAUUCAGCAGACAUUUUGAGUUUGGAUGCCGGAGAAGUAUUUGUUGGUGGCCGUUACAAUAGUUUAAUACCAUUAAUGCAACAACUUUUUGAAAGUAAUUAUACAUUCAUCAGAAUAUUUCUUAUAGCACUAAAAUGAUUUUUUUUUUCAGAUGACUCUACUAAGUAUUAUUCAGUUGCAUUAAUAAAAAAAAAUACUUUAAAGGAUGUAUAUAAUCUUAGACAUUUGAAGGGUAAAAAAGCUUGUUUCGCUGGAGUUGGUACUCAAGCUGGAUGGAAUAUACCCAUAAAUACAGUAAACAUGAAUUGUUUAUUUAAAAUAAUUUCAAUUAUUCUUAUAAUUUUGAUUUAUUUACAGCUUAUUUCAAAAAAUUACAUGGAAAUUAUUGAUUGCAAUAAUCAUGUAAAAUCUACUAUAAAUUUCUUUGGCCCCAGCUGUGCUGUAAAUUCACUACUCGACAAGUAUAAUCCAAUGGGUAAUUAAAUUCUUAUAUUCACUAAACAUAUUGGGUUUGAUUUUCAUAAUAUACAUAUUAUCAGGCAAAUAUGAGUUAUUAAAUCGAAGGUCAUAUGUUUUUUAUAAAAUUAUCUACAAUUGAUGAUACUCUUUAUUAUAAUGUUUCAGCUAAUAAAAAAAAAAACAUUUUAUAAAAACAGGGUAAUUUUCCCGAAAUAAUUUAUUUGUAAUAAAUAUUUUUUUGAUAAGUAAAUGGAUUAAUGUCAAUAUAAAUAAAUUCACCAAUAUGUUUGAUAAAUGAGUUAUUAAUGCUAUUUUUCUCAGGUGAUAAUUCUGAUAGCUUAUGUACUAUCUGUGCUAGCAAAGUUUCUGGUCAAAAAUGUACUUGGAAUGAUCCGUAUGCUGGUGAUGAAGGUGCAUUUAAGUGUUUGAUAGAAAAAGGUGAUAUUGCAUUUCUAAGACACACUACAAUGUUGGAAAUCAUCAAUGAUCAAUCAUCACCAAGUAAAUAUAUGCUAUAUAUAUAUUCAUAACUAAGUGUUUAAUUUUUUUUUUUUAAUUAUUGAACAUCAUUAGGACUAAAUAUAUUAAAAUAUGUGCUUAAAAAUGUAAACAUAUUCAACUAUACUGUAUACAUGUAUUCAUGUAAAUAUUUAUCUUGAAAUGAUAAUAGCAGAAAUAAUUGAAAAAAAAAUAACCUUUUUAAUUAAAAUUAAAAUUUGUAUUCAUUGAAUAGAAACGUGAUAUGAAUGUACAGAAUUAAAUGCUAAGAUUAAUGCUAAGAUAAAUGCAAUUAUCACAAAACAAAUUUGUUUUAAAUCAGAUAUCUCUUAUUUAGUCUGUAUAUAAUUAUGCAUUAAAUCUGAGUCCAUGAUCAUUACCAAAAGAUAUGUGCUUAUACAUUGUGUACACAUAUAUAUGUAUUUAAUAUUUUGUAUUACUUAAUAUAUCAAUUGUCUUUUUAGCACGAACAAAAGAAGAUGAUUUAGAGCUCUUGUGUGUAGAUGGUUCUAGACGUCCGAUUAGUGAAUUUAAUAGGUGCAAUUGGGGAACAGCUCCCACUGAUGCUAUUGUAACGACAUCUGCUAAAACUUCUGCAGAUCGCAUGUCUUAUCAAAAAUGGUUACAGGUAAAAUUCAAAUUAUUAUUUUCUAUUUACUCAAUGUCUAACACAAUUUUUAUUUUGUUUACAAGAAAAUAAUUGAAUUAUAUGGAAAACCAAAAUCAUCUAAGUCAUUUGCAUCAAUUACUUCUGAUGAUUGGCAAAGACCUCCAAUCAACAAUAAUUUAUCAUUUUAUUUGUUUGAUUCUACAGCUUACGGUGAUCGCCUCAAUCUAUUGUUACAGGUAAAAUAAUACAAAUUUUCUAAUCCAAUACUUUUUUAAAUGUUUUAAUAGACCUGUUGCAUUGAACAAAUUGUAUACACCAAAACUUGUGGAAUAAUUUUCUCAACAUUUUGAUUUAUACUCAUUGAACAUAGAACAGUUUCUUAAAUUUUAAAAUGAUAAAUUACUGUAGAAUAAAUAAAAAAUGAUUUAACCCUAUGUGUUUGAUACUGAUGCUAUGUGGUCAGGUGCAUAGUUGUGACACAAAUGUAAACCAUUACUAAAUUCAUAACCAAAUAAUUAAAAGUGGAAAUAGUCAGUGUUUAUUAAUAUUAUUACAAUCACUUAUACAUAUUUACAUAUUUGUUAAUUAUUAAUGUAUUAGUUUACAGAUUUUCGGUUAGAAUAAUAUAUUUAUUAUUUAUACUAUGAAUAAUUUUUUUUUUAUAUAAGUUUCAUAUAAAUCUGAACGAGUGGUGAUAGAGCUUAUUUUAGUGUAGGUUGCAUAAGAGUAAUCCUAUUUUAAAAUAGACUAAGUGAAAAAUUUUAAUUGUGUAUCUAAUAUAGGAUUAAUAAAUUUAAAAACAUUUAAAAUCAUAGUGUACUUUAUUAAACUAAGUGAUACUAAAUAAUACUUGUGUAUAGUAAUAAAAUAAAUGUAUAUUUAUAUUUUUUUUUGUAUAGGAUUCAACUAGAGAUGUACGGCCCCUAGAAGAAUCCCAACAAACAUAUUCGAGAUAUUUAGGUGAUUCUAUGGAUAUUAUACUUGGUGUUCGGUACUGUCCUGCUACUCGAAUGAUACUAUGUGUAACUUCUGAACCUGAACUGGAGAAAUGUAUUAAAAUGAAGGUAAAUUUAUUUACAAUUUUACAUGUUUAUUUAUUUUUGUAAUAUACUGUUAUUAAAAUUAUUGAUUAAAAUAGAUGGCAUUAAAAGUUCAACUCUUGACACCAGAAUUACAAUGUUAUCGUGGUUACAGUCAAGUGAAUUGUAUGCAAGCCAUCCAAAAUGGGUAUGUUAAGUUAAAAUUAAUAUUUUAUUGUAAAGAGGACUCUAUACCCUUAUAAUAUGUCGUCUCCAUCAUCAAUAAAAACAAUUUUGCACUUAUUAAAGUGAAUUGAAAUUUUAUUAAACUUAAUGAUAAGAAUAUUAUUUAUGUAUUUAGGUUAAUUUUUUCUCGAUAUUUUAAUUUUUAAGUGAGAUUUAAUAGUAAAUUUUACAUAUUUAUAUUUUAAAAAUGAUAAUAUUUCAGUUAAAAAUUAAAUUAUUAAAAAACUAACUUACAAAAUGGAAAAUGUUCACACCUUUAAGUGAUAAUAGGUCAAUUCACUCUAAUAUUAAAACUCAGUGCACAGGUUUAUCUCUGUUAAAAGGAAAUAUGCUAUACUGUGAGUUUGUAUAUGAAAGUAGCACAUGCAAGUAUCACAUCUUCUUAAGGUUAAUAAUUGUAUUACAUUAAUAUUUAUUUACUAGAAAUGCGGAUGUGGCAGUAAUGGAUGCUGGUGAUAUUUAUACAGCUGGAUUGGUCUAUAACCAAGUACCAUUUAUCACUGAAAUGUAUGAUCUGCCAGAACCAGAAUAUUAUAUUGUGGCAGUUGCUAAAGAGGAGGAUCCUGAUACCGAAUUAACCUAUUUAAAAGGUUUGUGGUCUAAUUAAUUUUAAAAAACUUAAGAUAUUGUACAAUUAACAAAUUGUAGGAAAAAUGACUUGUCAUCCGGGUGUUUAUUCCGGUGGUGGAUGGAUAAUACCAAUGGCAUUUUUGUUGAGUAAUGGUUGGAUACGAAGUUAUGGAUGUGAUUCAUUACAUGCUGCUUCAGAGUACUUCAGCAAAUCGUGUGUGCCUGGUGCUUUGAGUAAUGAAUACAAUAAUGGUUUACCUUAUGAUAACCUCUGUCAUCUAUGUAGAGGUUCCAGUUACCGUUACUGUAAACGAGAUGCUACUGAAGACUUUUAUGGCUACACGGGUAUAUAGUUAAAUAUAUAUUAGAUCAAGGAUUUAUAAAUAACAUAUAGUAGAUUCUGCUUAAUGUGGGUAACGUUGGGGCCAGUUAUAUUUGCCCACAUUAAGUGAUUGCCUAUUUUAACUGAAAUAAGUACCGUUAUAUAUUAGAAUCAGGACUAAAUCAUUAUGUCCAUAUUAGGAGGCAUUAAUCGGUUACCACAUUGAGCGAAAUCCACUGUAUUACAUUACAACUAAACCAUUCAAUUUAUAUCAAUUAUAUGCAUUGAUUUACAGGUGCCCUGAGAUGUUUGGUUGAAGGAGGUGGAAAUGUAGCUUUUGUGAAACAUACUACAGUGUAUGAAAAUGCUGAUGGCAAACGUAAACAGUGGUGGGCAAGGAAUACAUUAAGUUAUGACUUUGAACUUUUGUGUCCAGAUGGUAAGUUUUUAUAUUCAUAAUUUUACAAAAGAACCUAACUAGUAGAAAUUGUAUACAUUGUCUUUUUAUAGUUAAUAAAGAAAAUUGUAUUUAAUGUUAUUAUUAAUCACAGAUUGCCAUCAUGUUGUUAAAAAUAACUUUAUCUUUAUAUAGGUACUAGAUCGUCAAUUGCUGAUUAUAAGAAAUGUAGUUUGGGUAAGGUUAAGGCGAACGCUGUAAUAACUCGAGGAGGUGACGUAUAUAAUGAGACCGAAGUGAUGGCAUUUACCAAUUUAUUUAUGGCUGCCCAACAGUUAUACGGCAGGAAAACUAUUGACGAGUUUACGUAAGUCACUCAUAAUUUUCAGUUUUAUUUGUUUAAAACGUAAUGUAUUUUUUUAAUUUUUAGUUUCAGUAUGUUUACAUCACCAGAACCGUACAGUGAUCUGAUUUUCCAGGAUGCUACCCAACAGCUUGUGCCCAUCGAUAGUUCAUUAAGAUAUUACUCCAAUUGGCUCGGAUCAAAUUUUAUGCGCGCCCGUCGUCUUGUUGACUGCCAAGCAGCUGGCACUGCAUUGUUACCGAUUAGUAUUAUGACCAUGGUAUCAUCUUUACUUUGCUUUCACAUGUGGUUUUAGUUUAUAGUGUUCAAUAAUUAAUAGUAGUAAUGAAUCUAGGUCAAGUAAUUAAAAGUUAUUUCUCAUAAAUGUCAUGUUUUAAAGAUAAAUAAUUUAAUUAAAUAUAAAAUAUGAAUUAUAAAUUACAAAUUAUAUUAAAAUGUUUGAAGAAUUUAAAUAUUAGAUUGGAGAGGAUAACUUUAACUGCUUUUAGAAAUACCUUAUUACCAUACUUAGGUAAAUAAUAAUUUCUAAAACAAAUACAAAUAAUUUUGAUAUACUUACUUACUUACUUAUUUACUAAAGCAUAAAUCAAUAUUAUAAGAAUAUAAUAUCAAACAAAUAUUAUAAAAAUAUGACUGGAUAGAUUGAAAAAAAAAAUCUAAACUUUUUUUAUAACACAUGACAUUUAUGACACUUGACAUAUUAUUACCAAUAUUAACAGAUCUGUAAAGAAAGGAAAAGAAACAUUAAUUUUUCAAUUGCUCAUCAUAUAAUAUUAACAUUUUAAGUAACAGAAUCUCGUUUUCUAUAAAUAUAUAUUAUUUGUUACCCACAUAAUUAUUACUUUUCUAUGAAGCAGCUUAAAUGUUUUAUACUCAAAAUGAUUCCAUUUUGAAAAACAAUUUCAAACCAUUUUGAAAUAUACAAAUGUUGCCUUAGAGAGUUUUAAAUUUCAAACUAUUUAUUUUAGAUAGAGAAUCUAUUUAGUACAUAGGCUUUCUAGUUAAAUUUAUACAAUUUAUUAUUGAUGAAGUUGCGGUGUAAACAUACAUUAGACUGAUAAUAUUAUGUUUUCAGUUAAUACGAUAUUGUUUUUAAUUUCCAUUACUGUUUUUUCCACACCUGUUUUUUAUGGUGCAUUUCAGUUAAAAAUGCCUUUUUAUAUUUUUAUUUUUUAUAUGUCAUUUAAUUCAAUAGUUCCUUAUAAAAAUAUUUAUCAGUUCUUUUAUUUAAAUAUUUUGAGCAACAAAUACAAUAUUGGUUUCAAUUAAUUCAUAUAUAUAUAUAUAUAUAUAUUAACAUUUAACCACAAUUUUUUUUUUUUAAAUUAUUUAAAAAUAUUAAUUAAAUCACAUUAAUGUAUAUAAAUAUAUACACGCAAUAAUGGCAUUAAAUGUAGAACCAUACACAUUUUGAUAAUUAUGAAAAUAUCCGUCCAUUUAUUUUUAUUUUUUUUAUUUUAAGUUUUACUGACUAUAUGUAAGACCAUACAAAUUAUUAUAUUAUUAUAUUUUUGUGUAAUUGUAAGUACUUAUUCGCACAUUUAGAUUACUAACUAAGAAUAUAUUUUUCUAUGAUUAUUUUUUAUAAAAUUUAUUUUUAAAAUCAGGUUUUUAAGUCGAUUUUUAAAAAUAAAUUGUUAAAUAAUCCGUCCAUUUUUAUAUAAAACAAAAUAUUAUAUUAUAUCAAAUUAGUAACUAAGUAUUAUAUAUUUAUUUUGUAUAACAUAUAAGAUUUGGCUAUAAAUAUUGUAUUUAUGGUUAACAACUUUUUCUUUGCCGUCCUCAUCCCAACUAUUUGAAUUAAAAUAAUAAUUAGUACAAUUUAGUUUAAUUUAGAAAUACUAAAAUAAACAAAUAUACUGUUAUUAUGUAUUAUGUCAGAUAACGCUAUUUAAACUUUUGAUUUAUAAUUUUGUCAUCUAGUUUAUUUAUUCUUUAAAUAGCCAAGUUUAUGACUGAAGAAGUCAUCUAUCACACCUAGAUAUCAUCGAGUUGAGUAGUCUUUUAUAAUAUUUUCUGUUAAAUACAAUUUCUCGCUGUCACAGUUUCCAUUUGUUUCAAUUUGCUUCUAUUUUAAGAGUUGAUUGCAUUGUCCUUGUGAUCGAGGUGGACCCAUGUUUUACAUAAGGAGUCUAUUAAAGGCUGGACAUUGAAGGAUAACUAACUAGUUCUCUGUUUGGUGGAAGGUUUUUAUGCCAUUUUGUUUGUAAUGAGUUUUAGAUGCAUAGAUUUUUCUUUACAUCUUAUGAACAUUUAUUGAACAAGGUCUAUAGAAAUUAUAAAAAAAAAUAUGUAGGUAUAACUUUCAAAUCAUGUAUACCUGACUGAAAUUUGUUGAGAAUCAUUUCUUGUUAGCAAUGGUUGAUUAUUGUUUACAGAUAUAAAUUAAAUAACUAUGUAUCAUUCCUUAUCAACUUUCUACCUACAACAGUGGAACAUCUGACCCUAGUAUUUUUUGUUUGUCCUUUUUUUUGUUUGUUGAUUUUUCUUAUAGUACCUAUUCUUAAUAAUUGGAAAAAAGGUAGUUGAAAUGAGAAAGUUUACGGCAUUAAUGGUUUUAUUGUUUGCGAUUUUGUUUUUUUGUUAUAAUUCGGCAAGAGACCUGAAAUGUUCACAGAAUAUUUAUAUCUACUGGCCAUUUUUAUAGACAUAGUAUACUUGUAUAAUUAUCAAAACAUGUGAUUUUUGAGUUAUAUGUUAGCUAUAUAUAGAUAUUUACUAUUAAUUUUCGAGAUUUGUAUUUUAUUUGAUUUUAUCGUUAUGUAUGAACACAAUUGUUGCUUUGGCCAGAUAGAAAUGUUAGUAAGUUCUUAAAUUUAAGUUGUACAAUCGAACUUGGGGUGACCGGCCAUGAUGACGUAUGUUUCGGAAUUUUUGGUUGGUAGUGUAUAGAAAAAUAGAACAGAGAAUGUAUGUGGCAGAUAUGAGAAUGCUCAGAUGGAGUGACGAAUUAAGAUAGGAUAAGGGAUGGGACAGUAAAAGGUAACUUAGGCUUGGCUUUGAUAGUAGACAAAAUUAGAGAAAAUAAAAUAAUUUGAGAUGGUUUGUGCAUGUCACGGGAAAAGGAAUUUAAAGCAGUAAGCAUUGUAAUGAUAAUAAACGCAGAAGGGUGAAUGCAGGGUUGGAUGUGAUUGAGAUUUAAAACGAGGGUGGCCAACCCCAAAUAGUUGAGAUGAAGGCGAAGGAGAAGAAGAAAUAUUUGAAAUUCAACAAGUGAUUCAUUAUAAGCAUUGCUUGAAUUGGAAGAUAAGAGGAACUACGAGACGUAACAUAAAUAUACGAUUUUACACGUUUAAGAUAGGCAAUUGUGAAAAACCCGGCGGCCCGAUGACAUCACUCUGUUAUUCUAAAUAUACUAAUGUAUGCUUAAAUUUUUUUUUUUUUUACAUUGGAUUCCGAAUUUUACAUUUAAAUAAUAAUUUGAAGAAAAUUUUUUUUUUUUUUGUAUUGUGUACUCCUUAAAUAAUUAUGGGCAUGGGAAGCGAUCC